UGGCGUGCCUCCUUGAUGAGUGUGCUCUGCUCUGUUAAGCACCCCGGUGCCUAGUGGAAGCGAGAACUCACGGAUACCCCUGCAAGUAGUGUGCAUAGGACGGAACUGCAGGAGAGCUGUAACUACAGUUCCGCGGGCCCCGAUACAGGGAAAAAGCCAGACAAAAUGGAGCCUAGCACAAUGCUUAAACAGGAAGUUAGCCCUGUUGAAGAAGAAGCCAUGGGUCCAUCACCAAAGAAAAGGUGCACUGAGGACAUGGUGUCAGAAGCUCCUGUCAGGGUGAAGGAAGAACGUGAAGAUCCUGUCAGGGUGAAGGAAGAACGUGAAGAUCCUGUCAGGGUGAAGGAAGAACGUGAAUCUCCUGUCAGGGUGAAGGAAGAACGUGAAUCUCCUGUCAGGGUGAAGGAAGAACGUGAAGAUCCUGUCAGGGUGAAGGAAGAACGUGAAGAUCCUGUCAGGGUGAAGGAAGAACGUGAAUCUCCUGUCAGGGUGAAGGAAGAACGUGAAUCUCCUGUCAGGGUGAAGGAAGAACGUGAAUCUCCUGUCAGGGUGAAGAAAGAACGUGAAUCUCCUGUCAGGGUGAAGGAAGAACGUGAAGAUCCUGUCAGGGUGAAGGAAGAACGUGAAUCUCCUGUCAGGGUGAAGGAAGAACGUGAAGAUCCUGUCAGGGUGAAGGAAGAACGUGAAUCUCCUGUCAGGGUGAAGGAAGAACGUGAAGAUCCUGUCAGGGUGAAGGAAGAACGUGAAGAUCCUGUCAGGGUGAAGGAAGAACGUGAAGAUCCUGUCAGGGUGAAGGAAGAACGUGAAGAUCCUGUCAGGGUGAAGGAAGAACGUGAAUCUCCUGUCAGGGUGAAGGAAGAACGUGAAGAUCCUGUCAGGGUGAAGGAAGAACGUGAAGAUCCUGUCAGGGUGAAGGAAGAACGUGAAGAUCCUGUCAGGGUGAAGGAAGAACGUGAAGAUCCUGUCAGGGUGAAGGAAGAACGUGAAGAUCCUGUCAGGGUGAAGGAAGAACGUGAAGAUCCUGUCAGGGUGAAGGAAGAACGUGAAGAUCCUGUCAGGGUGAAGGAAGAAGAUGUUUCUGACAACGAGGAAGCCCAGGUGGGGAUGACAGAGGGUGAUUCCAAGCCACCUACAGUCUAUCUGCGAAAAUGUGAUAAAAAACGGCUGAAGUCUGAGGCAGAAGAUGCCAGUCCACAAGGUUCUCUGCCUGAUGGUGCUCUUCAUCUCAAAGAGGAAGUUAAAGUCGAAGCUGCAGAGGAAAGUGCCAGCCUUGAGCACUCUGCAAGCCCUGCUAAUGCACCAGCAACAUCUUCACUGGCAAUCAGCUGCUACGUGCUCCCACUGGGCCCAGAGGACGCUAAUCAGGAAAUAAAAUAUGCCCUGAUGGCAGAAAUCCGACGCUUCGGACGCCAUUAUGGAAGGAUUUUCGAGCUGCUUGAAGAAGUGCAGGGACCUCUGGAAGUCCAGAUUCAGUUUGUUAAGUUUGCCAUCAAGGAAGCCGCAAGAUUUAAAAGAUACCACUUGAUAAGCUACCUCGACGAGAUGCUGGACAAACUAAUGUCAGAAAGCACUAUCAGGGGCAAUCUGAACCUAAGCGCAUGAUCCUGUUAUUACUGUGGUCAGCAAGAUACAGAAAAUGGUUUAGUGUGUUCCUGGAUGUAGGAGGAGGAUGCUGAAGUCCCCGCGAAUGUAUUAGCUAAGAUAAUUACCUCUAAGAAAACUGUCUUAAACUACUCUUAAUAAAGAUGGGCUUUCUCCCUG